GACUAUACUAUCCCUACUUGAGUAGUAUCGGGUUGAAAGGUGAAUCGAGGUCAACUUUCGUCUCAACUUUAAGUCAAGACACAACCAAGAAAAACAGCGAAAUGGCGAGUGCGGCAGGAGAUAGCAGUGAUAGCGGUGUCAGCGACAGCCAAUUUGAGAUUCUAGAGAUUGCUGAGACGGGAAGGAAUUGGCUCGAGAAGGCUCUAGACGGAGACCUCUCCAAGAAAUCAGUGCCAGUCCAGAUUGCCAUUGGGGGCUCUACAGGAUGGAUUGCUGGCUACCUCUUUCAGAAAGUUGGCAAGGCGGCAGCUACAGCUGUUGGAGGUGGUCUUAUUGUAGUCCUGAUUGGCUACCAUACAGGUCACCUAAAAAUCAACUGGACAAAGUUUGAAACGGACGUCAGUAAAACUAAACAGAAAAUGCAGGACCAAGUUGUACAGAACUCAUCAUACAUCAGAAAAUUUUCUGAUCAGAUUAAGCAACUAGCCAGGAAGAACUUGGUUAUAUCUGGGGGAUUCGGAGCGGGAUUUCUGCUUGGUAUGGCUGUGUAAGGAAGUGAUGGUAAUUACAAGGAUAGAGUCAUCAUCAUAAGGUUGCUAUAUUCAUACCGUGGUCAGGGCCCCAGUUGUAUCCAAAAAGCUUAGCACUAACAAAUUUGCUGAGCAGAAACUGGUUAUCAGUCAAUAAACCAAUGUAUAAAGUUUGUGACUGGUUCAAUUCCUGCUAAUACUUGCUUAACAGAAAAUGUAUUUAUUUUCUUUCCAAAUUUUAUGGAGCUGCUUCUAAAAGCUGAAAAUAUUGCAUAAACAUUAUCUGCUAUAAGCAAAGAAUGAGCAGUAUACCAGUCACAGAUUGUGCAUGGGAUAUGAUAUUUUGGCUGGAAACCUCAAUCUGGUAAGCAUAUUUUAGUGCUUGGCUGCUUUUUGUGCUUCAGCAGCUUUAUGAAAUUGGGCCCUUGGCCAAUAAGGCUGCUUAGCAAAUAACAAGGGCCCAGUUUCACAGAGCUGCCCAGGUACAUACAAUGUACAUGUAUAUUACGUACAUGUAGUUGAGUAGGGAAUGGCUCCAUGCUUUUAGACAUCUUUUUGUUAUAUGUGAAUGCGAAAUGAAUUUUGACUUUACGAUUAUACAUUUGUAAGUUGCAUCAGUUGAGCUGUGCUGAACUUCUGCAAAACAUUCGCUGCGAAAACAGCCGUGUGACUUCAAAAUUUGUAUCGCAUUAGCAUUCGCUGUAUCGCAUUAGCAUUCGCAAGAAGUGUGAACCAGCCUUAGGUCACUCUCAUAGUGAGACAAUUCUCAACCAAGUCAGCAGAAUGCCUGGUUUACCAGCCUGAUAUAAGCAAUCCCACUCAUUUGAAAAUGGUCAUCUUUGAAAGAAAAGGAUAAACUUUUGUAUUUUUUAAACAGUGUGCAAUUAGUACAUCAUGUAGCUUAGGUUGACAUUUUCAGGCCUGAUAUUAAUUUACCCUCAGAACUGCCUUGGUGCUCACUGAUCUGGGGUAAAUUUCACAAAGCAAUAUAAUACAUCGAAGGACAAAUUGUCAGUAUUACCAUAGUGAUUUGUAUUGCGACAUUAAACUUUACUAAGCAACUAGGAUUGAUUUGCAGUUACAAUCAAUCUUAUCUCUUUGUGGAAUCAGCCCCUGCUCUGGAAAACAAUCUUCAAACUGCCCUCAUCGAGUUGCCCUUUACUCAGAAUAAAUCUGCCUCGCCCUAAUACAGAAUCAAAGUAUCAGGCCUGCAUUUUGUUUUGUUUUGUUCCUGUGUGCACAAAUAUUUAGGGUUAUACUGCAAGUAUUUCUCAAAAUUUUAAACUUUAUUUUCGGUGAACUCUUUGCAUCUUAUUUUGCAGUGCUUGUUAUCGAUAAUCAUGGUUGGGGAGAAACAAAUCAUUUAAAUGUAAUUUCACUUUCCAAAUGUAGUGAUUUAUCAUAGCUCACCGUAGAUCAAGUGCCAAGCACUACAAACUUUUGCUUAGUAAUUUUAUACCAGUCAGAAAUGAUGUGUGAUUUGAUAAUCAUGAUGUGAUAAUCAUUGUGUGUAGCCAUUUCCCUGCUAAUUUAUGCUUUAAAAAAGAAGCCUGAAACAAAAACCAAGCUUCUCUAUGAACUUUUCACCAGGGCUCGAAAAAAUUCACAGCGACAAAACACCAGCCAAAUCAUAAUUGUUUAUUUUUAGUCUGAAAUCUGAUAAUGAAAUACUUCUCUUUGUGCUGAAAUGAAGUCAUAUAUUUGAUAAAACUGUAUCUAAAACCAAAAGCAAAAGCCAAGUUGGGUUGUUACACACAAAAAUAAGGACAAAGUGUUAACAUGCUGAAAGUUGCUAUGGUGUUCAAUAUUUUCUCCUGAUCCUGAUUCGCACAACAGAUGUAGUCAAAGCUUUCACAGGUUUGUUAUGUCAUGUAUGGUUAAUCACAAAAACCAUGGACACUGUCUGGGACUGGUUUGUCAGCUCGAACAAUCCUUUUUAAUAUCGUUAAAGUUUAAUACAGUUUCAGGUCUUCUGAAGAAUGUUUCUGGUCAAGUGCCAGUUUUUAGCCAUAAGAACCGUGGUCUAGAGGAGGUUUUUGGGGUUUUACAGCCCUGUGACCAUGGUAAAUUUCUGAUUUUGUACACGACUGUUAUCUAAAGGCACACAAGAGAUCAUCUGUUCACUAUGUAAUUGUAUGCAAUUUGACUGUGCUUUUGUUUUGAAUUUAUGAACAAAAUACUGUUUUUUUAUAAUGAGAUACCAAUUUUUUUUAUAAUGAGAGUCAAAUCUGGUGUUAUUUGUAUUUGUGUUGUAAUUGAAUUUAUGCUGUCAUUGUAUUAUCUUUUUUUUCUUUCCUUGUAUCACAUAUUGUAGACUGCCUUAGACCAGGUCCACAUGAAUCAAUUCAAAAUGGCCUCUUGUCACCAGGCAAGCUUGGUGAUCUUGGCUCCAAUAUCAUACAGCUGGGUAAGCAGAAAAUAAUGCUUAUUGCUGACACAUUUUCUGCAAAGCAAAAAAGAGCAGAUUACCAGUAUGGUACAUAAAAUAUGGUACUUUGGCUUUUUCUAGAUUAAAUUUUUGUUUUUAAUAGCAAAUUUUUCUGCUUGAGCAGCUUCAUGAAGUUGAGCCCUGGCAGUUAAGAUACCUACAUGUGCCUGUACAUCUCUUGGUUCAAUUCACAUCUUUACUGGGUUUUCCUGCAGGAUCCGUAAAGCAUUUAAUGCAUUGGUGAAUCAUUUGUGAAGGAAAACUCAUCUAUACACGUAUAUGAAUAGGCAACCCCUUUUCUUGCCAAAGUUUUACUUCAGUUUGAACUUUAAUUUUAAUAUGUAAAAGAGAUAUAAUUUAUUCUUUUGUUCUCCUUUGUGGGAAGUUAAAUUCUGGAAAACAUUGUGCAUGUGAAUGUGUAUUUAGUCGAACUGUUUUGUUGGCAAGCUUGGCAAAAUUUACCAAACAAGCCUGCUUAGAAUUUUGUUCAUGUAAUUGUUUAGGUGUGAAUCCAUUGUAAUGGAAAUCCCUUUCGUAAAUUUGCUGAUUACCAUUCGUUAACUUAACUCUCUUUUGAAUUGGACUACAUGUAAUUUGAAAAUAAGUGUUUUGAUCAGAAUGCUGAGAGACAAGGUAUAUCAAAAGUGUAUUCAAUCGUGAGAAUAAACAAACAAUUUAAAUGAGUGGAA